GCAUGCGCGAAAACGAUUGUUUGCGGACCGCUAUGAUAUAAUAGAAGCAGAAGAAGAAGAAGGCCAUAACAGCGAUGGCUGCUUCUGUACUGCUCCGCAUUUGAGCUAUCUGAAAAACAUGAAUUUAUCGAGACGAAUUGGUCAAAUUGAAUAAGACGGAGAAAAGCAAGCAUGAAAAUGUUUUGCCCUGGGAAAGAAAACCGAUUGACUGAACAAAGGAAAGUCUCUGCCUCCCAUGUGGGAAAACUCCGCAAUAAGUUAAAAGCCAUCCUGAAGAAAAAGUACCAAAGUCCACCAGGGGGAGAAACUGAGCAUCCAUUUUAUAUACAUUGUGAUCUCCAGUAUCCACCUGGUGAAAGUAGCAAGGAGAACCAACAUGAGUACAUUCUAUCUGAGCCAGGCUACAGGAGAAGACAUCAAGGAACAUGUUCAUUCCGAAACUCAGAAGUCGAUGAGCCUAUCAGAACAGCUCUGACAAAGGGCGUCUCUGGUAUUGGCAAAACUAGCCAGGUGCGGAUGAUGAUUCUUAACUGGGCAGAGGGAAAAGGAAACCAGGAAAUUCAACUAAUAUUUCCCCUUCCUUUCCGAGAGCUGAAUUUGCUGAAGGAGAGACUGAGUCUGAUUGAACUUCUUUACGAGUUUUUCCCAGAAUUGAAAGAACCUGGAAUUUGCAACUUGGAGAACUGCAGAGUUGGGUUCUUCUUUGACGGGCUGGAUGAAUUCCGUCGUCCUCUCGACUUCAAGAACAGCCUGAUUGUGACCAAUGUCACAGAGGUUUCCUCUGUGCCGACACUGCUGACAAACCUCAUUAACGGUAAUCUCCUUCCCUCCGCCGCUCACAUAUGGAUUACAUCCAGACCUGCGGCAGUUAGUCGCAUCCCUCUUCAGUACAUUGACAGAGUGUCAGAAAUCGAAGGCUUCACCGACUCCCAGAAAGAGGAGUUCUUCAGGAGAGCAAUCAAUGACGAGAACCAGGCCAAAGCAGUUAUCACCUACUUGAAGAACUCGAAGGGCCUCUACAACUUGUGCCAGAUACCUUUUAUCUGUUCAAUCUCAGCGUCAAUCCUCGAGAAACAGACAUAUGUACCCGACAAAACAUGCGAACCUGUCGCACUAACUCCAUUAUUUAACGACCUACUCAUCCUGUUACAAAUGGCGAACCACAAUGUAAAGAUAGUUAACGAAUUGGGGGAACUAGCCUUGAAGCAGUUGGUGAAAGGCAACACGGUUUUCUACGAGGAAGACCUACGAGAGUGCAACAUUGAUGCCCGAGUGGCAGCGUUGUACGCAAAAGGGAACAUACCCAUCUUCAGGGAGGAUAUUGGGCUGCACCAAAAGAAGAUCUACUACUUUGGGCAUACCACCAUUCAGGAGUUCUUUGGCGCAUUGCGGUUUCUUCAAUCUGUUGACGUCCAAGACGAAAACCGGGCUGUCAACCAGAAAACCCAGUUCGAGAGAACUCUCUGGUUUUUUAGAGAUGCCACCCAACUCAAGAGCGCGGUGGACAUGACUUUGCGGAGCAAGACCGGACACAUGGACCUCUUCCUUCGCUUCCUCCUCGGCAUUGCGCAGAAUUUUAACCAGAUGUUCUCCGAGGCUGGCUUCACCUCCUCUACUACCCUUCCGGAAAUGUUAGUGUACAUCAAGGAGAAGGUCUUGGAGAAUCCCGCUUCGCCGAGGACCCUCAACCUGCUGAACUGCCUGAGGGAACUGAAAGACUACUCUCUAGACAACGAUAGUGUGCACUUUCUCAAGACGGGAAUCCCCCCAGAUGCCAAAUAUCCACCUUCACAUUGGUCCGACCUGGCCACUCUCUUAGUGGCAUCAGAGUCUGGGCCGAUAGACAUGCUUGGGUUGGAAGUAGAGAACAGAGGAGACGAGGAACUUCUGAGGAUGCUGCCAGUGAUCAAAGCUUCCCAGACAGCCACACUGUCGUAUCACAACCUGACUGAGAAAUCCUGUGAAUGUCUGGGCUCGGCGCUUACCUCAAAGGUGUCCAAUCUGAAAACUCUGGACCUGAGUUUCAACACGCUGAAGGACUCAGGAGUGCAGCUGUUGGCGGCCGGCCUGGCCGAGCCACAUUGCCGACUGGAGAGACUGAAACUGUCUGGCUGCAGGGUGAAACAGAAUGGCUUUGCAGCUUUGGCCAAAGCUCUCAAAUCCAACCCGUCGCACCUGCGAGAGCUGGAUCUGAGUGGCAACGAACCGGAAGAAUCGGGGGUGUUUCAUCUCGUUGACGGACUAAAGGUUGUUAAGUGCGAACUGCAGAUCCUGAAGCUCUCAAACUGCAAGCUGGGCCUGGAGCUGAGUCGCGCUCUGGCGGUGUUGCUGAUAGACAACCCCAGACACCUGCGAGAGCUGGACGUCAGCAUGAACGACCUGGGAGACCGGGGGGUGAAGCUGCUCAUGGACAUACUGAAGUCAACCCAGAUAUACAAACUGGAGUUGUACUGUUGUCAGCUCACUGAGAAAUGCUGUGAGAACAUGUUUGGAUGUCUGCUGAACAUCCCCAGUCUGAGGGAGCUCAACCUGAGCAACAACAACCUGAAGGACGAGGGGGUCAAGAUGCUCUGCAACGCCUUCGGACUGCCCGCCUGUCAACUGGAGAAACUCAAUCUGGCGAGCUGUGGCUUCACGUCUGGAGGCUGUCGAUGUCUGGUUGGAGGGUUCAGUUUCAGCCCCACCUUCCUCAAACAGCUGGAUAUCAGCAGGAACCACCUGGGCCACUCAGAUGUCGCGUUUUUCCUGUUCCUCAAAACUAUACGCUUUUCACUGGAGACCCUACGACUGAGUGACUGUAAGAUGACAGAGCUAUGCUGCCCGGAGCUGGUCGAAGCUCUCCGCUCCAGUCUCACCAACCUGAAAGAGCUGGAUCUAUCUGGUAACGAACUGGGAGACAUCGGUGUGAAAACACUCUGCAUGGGACUGACCUCAACAACCUGUAAACUGGAGAGACUGUUUCUGAGAUGCUGUGGGAUCACAGUAAAGGGCUGCUCCUCCCUAGCAUUAGCCCUGAAGUCCAGCCGCUCCAGCAUCACAGAACUAGGCCUGAUGGGAAAUGACACGGGAGAAGAAGGACUGAGAAUUCUCUCCGGCAUCAGGGAUGACCCACGCUACAAACUACAGACUCUAGAAAUAAACGAUUGAGUGGCCUUGCUCGCUGGAUGGAGGUGGUUCUUGGCUCGACCUCUUCCCAAAUCUGGAGUGAAGUUACUGAACGAGGAACACUCUGGAGUGAAGAUACGAAACGAUUGGCUGACAAGUCUCGACACACUAGCUCAACAGUAAGCACUUGACGUGCUUUGGAUCAACGGGACUGGUUCACUGACUGUUGACCAUUUUUAAAGUGCCUUUCAGUAUCCUGGCUGCUCACACUUGAACAGAAGACCACAGAGUAUUUACCUAGAACCAUUUACCUAGAACCUUUUUCUUAAUUAAGAUUCGGAAAAUGUGUACAGUAGUACAACUCUUGGUUUAUUUAUUAUUGUCGCGUACAAUGUACAUUUUACCCAAAUAUACCUACUACUAUUGGUCAUGAUGGUUUAAAAAAAAAGGUCCUAAUGGGAGGUUUAACUUCAGAAGCUUUCCAACUUUGGUCAUAUGUUUCAGGUCUGGUCUCCAGAUCUGUUUGCGCCUACUGCAACAGUCUGGUUGACUCUGUUUUUCACGUUAAACAAGUGCCUUUAGAGUAGUGUGAUUGUGAGGGACACAGUUCUCUACUAUUUGUCUCCUCUGCUGGUAUGUACAGUAUGUCUGUUUGAGUGUGCUUGUAUGUGUGUUCUGUUAGUGUGUUUGUGUGUACAUGUAUACAAUCAUGUCUCAUGUUCAAAUUGUUCCAAUGUUACACAUUGAUGGUUUGGGCUGAUUCUUUGAUUGUUAUGGUACAUCACCACCACCUAGUGGCGAAAAAUACGAAUUUCUCAUUGGGGGGGGGGGGGUUAAACUAAUGACGUAUGUGAAGCCAAUAGCGCCAGAACCCACUACUGGGUCCCUAAUAAUAAACCAGACAGCAUCUUUUGCUACACGAUCACUGGCCGAAUUAUUACGAGCGCAUCUACACAAACCCAGGUAUGAUACCAUUUUAGCUAACAACAAGCUAAAGUAUUAACCAACCAUGGUCUGCAUUUUUAAACGUGUGCUGUGAAAGGAUGGUCGGGCGAGGUAGGUGUAACGCUGGAUGUCAUGGUGUUAUGCAAGGCAGUCGGUUUGGAUGUAUUGCACACUGUCUCCAUGUGGAAUUUACAAUAACAACGCGGCUGACACUAUUAGCAGAAUAAUAAGGGGUUGCUCUCCGAAGGUAAUAUUUCGCAGUGUAAUACCUAGGGUAUCGGUAUGAACCGGCGCUGAAGCCUAUGUGUUUGGAUAACGCGAAAUAGUUACCAAGCCAGCAAGAUGCACGAUAGUGGCGUCAAUAUUCGCAAAACUAAGGCACCAGUCCUGUAAUAGCCCACCUAUUACUGUACCGUAAUGUCUUUCAUUGCUUCGUAGGAGCUAAUAAACAUGUUAUAUGAUGGCCACAAUA